CGUGGCUGCUGGCAUGGGCGAGGGGCCUACUGAAGACGCUGACGAGUCCGGAUCAUUCCUCAAGAUCCACUCAGAGCCAGCCACGAGCGAGACACCUCGAAAGCGUACUGCCAGUUCUGCCCACCUCGAUGGAGCCCGCAAGAGGCUUUCGCAAGUCAGCAGCAGCUCGCCAGCUGCAAGAGCGGGCUUCCAGUCGCCGCUCAAGACUCGAACGACUCCAACGGGUGUCGCAACGCCCGUGAAGCGCUCCUCGGCUCAGAGCGGGUCUACGAGCAAGCCCUUUCGCUCUCCGCUUGCACGCAAGAGCCCGUCGGGCUCAGCCGCAGGCACGAUGAGUGGCAAAACAACCGCCGGGUUGUCCAUUCAGAUUGCUCAACUACAGACGCGCGCUCUGAAGAUGCGACAAGCACUCCAGAUCGUCCGUGCAGACGAGGCCUCAUAUGACAAGCAAGGCACAGCAUCACUCGAUAUAGAGAACUCGUCAAAAUCGCUGAAGAGACUGACGCGAAAGUGGCAGCGGGCCGGGCAACAGGCAGCAGAACUCUGCUUCGCACUGUCUGGAUCCGCAGGUAUGACACACGAGCAAGUUCGGGCCAUGUUCAAUGCUUCCCGGACGGUUUGGCAGAACGAUGAAGAUGACGAGCAGCAAGUCCCUAGCUCUGAGGACUUUGACACCCUCGAAGCCGACGAGCCGACGGAUCAUGAGAAGCGCAUCAAAGCUGCUGCAGAGGAGGAGAAGCCCUCUUGGCAUGUAGGCAAGAUGUGCUUGCUCAUGGGUAUAAAUCCCGAAGCCUUGGGCUGGAAUGAGGAUGAGGAAGACUGGGAUGGUAUCAAGAGCGACGAUGGAUAGCAGUAGCAGACUAGAUUGGCAACAACAACAGACUGCUCAUCCUGUACAGCAGUGUCGUCGUACUAUUCGCCUGUAUGCAGUGUGGCAAAGCGGGAGCAGAGCAGCGUGGGCUCAGCCGCU